GUCUGACGCGGUGAAGAAGACGUCUUGACAAUGGGUCAAGUUCUGUUUGCGCUCGUUAUCCUUCUGGCCUGCACUCCAAGCCAGUAUGGCUUUCCUACUUUUUCAGGAGGCCAGUUCAAUCUUCCCGAGACUAAUACUGCCCCAGUUGGUAGCAUUGUACCGGUUGCGCCUCCCAACCCAGCUCCUGCACCCGCUCCAACACCUGCUCUCGUGAACCCUUUCCUGUCAGGUGGACUUGCAUCUGCACCCGCACCCGCACCUGCACCGUCAUCAAGUCCCCUGUCGGGAGCACUUUCUCCAACAGGAAGCGUCCAAGCUAUGGCACCAGCUCCAGCUCCAGCUCCAGCUCCAGCUCCAGCUCCAGCAGGAAUGCAGCCUCCAAGUAGUUUUGGACUACCAAUAUAUCACAGGUCUCCUUACAGCGACAUUAGUACGAACGAUCUCUUAAGCAUGAGCUUUGGCAUCAAUGCAACAGUUGAGUUUGCCAAAAGAGUCGAAAACGAGGGAGAAAGUUUUUGUCAAAGACAAUGUCUGGACGACUUGGAAAACUGCGCAGUGGCUGUCUAUUGUGACUUUACAGCUCCGACAACUACCGCAGCUCCCUGUAUUGACAAUCCUUUUGAGUGUGGAACUUUCAGACCCAGUCAAAAAGAUACUGGUUCUGAGAAGGGAGUCUGUUUGUUCUAUAAACAGAAAACAGGUUCAACAGACAUCGAUCCAGGCAUAACAUCAGAGUCAAAUUGCAAAGAGGUGGUCUAUCAUCCGAUAUGCAGGAAUUGGACAGCUGGCGUCCCUGAUCACUGGGUUCCAUCCGGCAGACCUACCUUUCAAACAGGGGGAGCAAUGUCCCGAAGCUACUCGUGUGAAAACGGCUACAAAGAAAACGGUGUACUGAGGGUCACCUGCGAUAACACAGGAGUGAAAACCCCGAGCUCGGGGGCUAAUUGUACAGUCAAAUAUGCAGGAAGUACGAACGGUGCAAACACUGGGACGGGGUUGUCAGAUUUGAGGAUUCCAGAGAUGAGCUGGCAAGGUACGGGUUUUCAUACACGGAAGCCCGACAUCACGACGACGCGAACAACUCCCCCUACAUCGGCCACAAAUACAACAUCGCCUACUAUGAAUUCGACUACACCAUCUCAGUCAGAGUCGGGAGCUGGGGAGGGUGGUUCUCAGUCGAAAUCUGCAGCUGAGACUCGGGCCAUUAAUGAGUCCAUGAACCCAAUAGUAGUGCCCUCGACAUUAGGUGGGUUGCAAUCAGCUGGUGGGUCACAGUCGACGGGUGGGUCGCAAUUAGCUGGUGGGUUACAGUCGACGGGUGGGUCGCAAUCAACUGGUGGGUUACAGUCGACGGGUGGGUCGCAAUCAACUGGUGGGUCACAGUCGACGGGUGGGUCGCAAUCAACUGGUGGGUUACAGUCGACGGAUGGGUCGCAAUCAGCAGGUGGGUUACAGUCGACGGGUGGGUCGCAAUCAACUGGUGGGUCACAGUCGACGGGUGGGUCGCAAUCUGCUGGUGGGUCACAGUCGACGGAUGGGUCGCAAUCAACUGGUGGGUCACAGUCGACGGGUGGGUCGCAAUCUGCUGGUGGGUCACAGUCGACGGGUGGGUCGCAAUCAGCAGGUGGGUCACAGUCGACGGGUGGGUCGCAAUCAGCUGACCAGUCACAGUAGACGGUCGGGUCGCAAUCUGCUGGUGGGUCACAGUCGACGAAUGGGUCGCAAUCAGCUGGUGGGUCACAGUCGACGGGUGGGUCGCAAUCAGCAGGUGGGUCACAGUCGACGGAUGGGUCGCAAUC